UCGUUCCGUUCCUUUAAUUCGUUGUGUUGGGCUGCUCGUUUGCUCGCCUUUCGCAUUAUUUGCGCAACGCCUUUUGGUAAUCGAUUGAUUUAUGGCCCCGUCGCGACGCUGAUAGGGUUCGAUCUGCGGCGAUGGAGAUUGGGAUCCGGCGACUGCGUGAUAGGUCCGGGCGCGGCGGCGUCUUGGGGUCCGCUUCCUGGUCGUCCUCGAGUUCCCUCUAAUCGAGGGCUUGCGAGGGCUUCGAGGUCGGAUCGUUGAUCCCCGGCGCGGAGGAGAAUGGAGGAGGAGCGCAGCUCUUGGGUGCUGAGGGCGAAGUAUUCCCACACGCCGCACCACCGAACGAGCUCGGACCCUGAUGUGGUCCUGCUUCCGGAUCCCAAGGAAUCGAAUUCGGAUACCGCGUGUUUGCUCUCGGGCAGGUCCUCGGUCCGAUCUGGCUCUGAUCCCUCGCGGAGCCUGAAGAACUCGAGCGCGGAAUCGUCGGCGAAGAUAUCCGCAAACGGGUCGAGUUCCCAACCUGAUGAUGGCGAUCGAUUGGACUUGAAGAAGGCGGAGAACCGGAGCGCCAGGUGUUCUGAUUUCUCCUUCUAUCCGGAAGGAGUCCCAUCUCGUUCUAUCGUGGUUGCGACCUCGAAGUUUCCGGUUUCUCAUCAGAAAGCCGGGAGCUUGAAUUCUACGAUGGGCGCUGCCUCUUCUGGAAGGGUUAAACCAGAUGCCAACUCCCGUCACGAGCGGGAGUCGAAAUCCAAGCAAAGGUCAAUAUCACCUCUUCCAACCACCGUCCUCUCCGAGGUCUUUAAAGAAGCUCGUUCGAUCGGAAGGAGAUUCUCCACCCCGCCGCCUUCGAGGAAAAAGUGCGAUAAAGCUCGUGCGCAUCACGAGCUUGAUUGGAGAACAGCUUUGGAACUGAGGAAAGCCUUUGAUAAGUCGAGGCCCAGGAAGGGAACUUCUUGGGCGAGGUGCUUCGACCAUGGGGGAGGGAAGGUCACUGCCUUGGAGACGACCGAGAAAUGGAAUGCCGAUCUUUCCCAAUUGUACUUUGGGCUUAGGUUUGCCUGCGGUGCUCACAGUAGGCUAUACCAUGGUGUCUUUAACGAUAAGCCUGUUGCUGUGAAGAUGAUUAGUCAACCCGAUGAUGACGAAAAUGGAGUGAUGGCUGCACGACUGGAGAAGCAGUUCACGAGAGAAGUGACAAUGUUAUCACAUCUCGAUCACCGCAAUGUGAUUAAGCUUGCAGGGGCUUAUAAACAGCCACCAGUCUUUUGUAUCAUCACUGAGUAUCUUUCUGGAGGCUCUUUAAGAGCAUUUCUGCACAAGCUUGACCACAAAUCUCUUCCUUUACAAAGAUUAAUUGCAAUUGCCUUAGAUAUCGCACGAGGAAUGGAAUAUGUUCAUUCACAAGGGGUUAUCCAUCGUGACCUGAAACCUGAGAACAUUCUAUUUGAUCAAGACUUCUGCAUUAAAAUUGUUGAUUUUGGAAUAGCAUGUGAGGAAGCAUAUUGUGACGCACUUACAGAGGACCCUGGAACUUAUCGCUGGAUGGCACCUGAGAUGAUCAAACAUAAGCCUUAUGGGCGGAAAGUUGAUGUUUACAGCUUUGGCUUACUUCUGUGGGAGAUGGUGACAGGGACAAUUCCAUAUGAGGAUAUGACACCAAUCCAAGCAGCUUUUGCAGUGGUUAAUAAGAACUUGAGGCCAAUCAUUCCUCUUGAUUGUCCUUCACCUCUUCACGCCCUCAUAGAGCAAUGCUGGGCAGUAGUUCCCGAUAAGAGGCUCGAAUUUUGGCAGAUUGUAAAGGUAUUGGAGCAGUUUCAAUCUGCUGUCACUCAGGAUGGAACAUUAAAUCAGCUUCAACACUUGACCUGCCAGGAUCACAAGAAACGGUUACUCGAUUGGAUCCAAAAGCUCAGAACUCCCUUGCAUGCAAAUAGCUCAAAACCCCGAUUGCCCUAACUUGUAUAACUUGUCUACCUGCGCGCUAUUGGAUUUUUGCUCCUCCAUUAUGGUGUUUUGUAGCUCAUCUAGUAACAGAGUAUACAUACACCAUGGUUGAUGUCAAAAUUUUCUCUCAUUUGCGGCUAAGCUUCUUUCAGCCUCUCCAAUGUGAUAGGACUCCUGCAUGCAUCCAUGUCCAUGAUAAACAGUCGAUGCCAAUGUCCAUAUUGUACUGUAGUAUGAGGAAAGUAUUAGUCUUACUAGGUCAAUUUUUUUUAUCUAAUUUAGAUUUGUUCAUCAGAUGUAUAAAAAUCUUGUUAUUCCCUCUUUUUUUCUUAGGAUCUUGAGAAUGCAUUGCGAAA